AUGUCGGUGAUCCAGUGGCUCUCCGACGUGUUCUCAGGAUUUGAGACCGAGAUCAUCGUGUUCGCGAUCGCCAUCUCGGUGCAUGCCAUGCUCUUCGGCGGGCUCGGUGCGCGAGCCAAGCCGAAGAAGGGACCCAAGGCGAGCCCGAAGGCGAAGGCGCCACCGCCCACGCAGGCGGGCGCUGCUCGCCAGGCCGCCGCGGCCGCCAAGGACGGCGCCGCCGCCGCUCGCGCGGCCCUCCAGGACCUCCGCGCCGCGCUGGGCGCUUCCGACCUCCCGGCCGCCCUGCGCCACCUCCGCGCAGCGGCGCCCCAGUGGCGCUCGGCGGGCGGCGCGACGCCCUCCGCGGCCCCCGACGGGCUGCUGCUGCGCCUCGCCCGCCUCGCGGCGGAGCAGUCCAUGGUGGCGCUGCUCCUGGCCGAGCUCGGCGGCUGCGGCCUGCUCACCACGCGCAUCGUGGAGGCGGUGCUCGAGGAGCCCGCGCAGCGCACGAGCGCGGCGGGCGUGCGCCAGAUCCUGCACCUCGCGCGCGGGCAGGGCGUUGAGCCAACGGGCUCCAUGCAGUGCGUGCUGAUCCGGGCCCUGGGCGCCGAGCGCCGCGCUGGGGAGGCCGUGGAGGUCUUCAACGCGUGCACCGAGAAGCCCGCCUGCCUCCGCAACACCAUCCUGGACGUGUGCGUGGGGUGCCACGACAUGCGCAGCGCGGAGCACAUCCUGUCCAGCGCGCAGGCGGACGGGGUGGCCGACGUGAUCACCUACAACACAAUCCUCAAGGCGUACCUCAAGAGCGGGGAUAUGCGACGAGCGCGUGCCACCAUGGAGGCGAUGCGGGCCGCGGGGCUGCCCCCGAACGUGGUUACUUUCAACGAGCUCAUCGAUGCUAGCCUCAGGAGCGGCCGCGACGACGAGCUCUGGAUGGCGAUCGACGAGAUGGAGGCGUGCGGCCUGCAGCCCAACCAGGUCACGUGCUCGAUCCUCCUCAAGAACAUCCAGUCUUCAUCCCGUGCUGUGGACGUGGAGCGCACGAUGGCUAUGCUGCACAGCAUGGGCGACCGGAUGGACGAGGUGCUGCUCUCCUCGGCGUGCGAGGCCUGUAUCCGCGCCGGUCGCGCGGACCUGCUGCGGGAACUGCUGGGUCGCCAGGGCGGCGACGGCGCCAUGCAGGUGCGCGGUGCCCACACGUUCGGGAGCAUCAUCCGCGCCCGCGGGUACGUGGGAGACCUGCGCGGGGUCCGGAGCACGUGGGACGAGAUGCGCUCGCGGGGCAUCAGGCCGACCUCGAUCACCACUGGCUGCAUGGUGGAGGCGCUCGUGAACAACGACGGCCCGGAGGCUGGCCACCGGCUGAUCCGGGAGAUGUUGGGCGACGAGGAACUGCGCCCCCUGAUAAACUCCGUGAUCUACAACUCCGUGCUGAAGGGCCUCGCGCAGCACAGGCGCUUCGACCGGGUCUGGGAGGUGCACGCGGAGAUGCGGCAGGAGCGGGUGCAGCUCUCCAUCGUGACGUACAACACGCUGGUGGACGCCUGCGCGAAGAGUUACGGCAUGUCGCGCAUCCCGGCGCUGCUUGAGGAGAUGGCGCGCUCCGAGAUCCAGGCCAACGUGGUCACCUACAGCACCAUCCUGAAGGGCUACGUCCAGGAGAACUCCCUCGACAAGGCGUUCGAGCUCAUGGACGAGAUGAAGCUCUCCAAGGAUAUCAAGCCGGAUGAGAUCGCCUACAACACAUUGUUGGAUGGUUGCGCUCGCCAGUGCCUCUUUGAGCGCGGCAUGCAGGUUCUGUCCGACAUGCAGGACAACGGAAUCCAGCCCAGCAACUUCACGCUCUCGGUGCUGGUGAAGCUGGCGAACCGCAGCCACCGCCUCGACGAGGCCUUCGAGUUCUGCGACAGCCUCUCCCGGCGGCACGGCCUGCGGCUCAACGUCCACGUGUACAACAACCUGAUGCAGGCGUGCACGGCGCACCAGGAAGUCGGCAGGGCCUUGGAGGUGUUGGGGAAGGCCGUCAGCGAGAGAGUCCGCCCAGACGCACGUACGUACGCCAUCCUCCUCCGCGGCUGCAUCGGGGCCGGCGACGCGAUGGCUGCCGCGGGCCUGCUCGCGGCCGCCUACGGGCUCCGCUCCCCGCGACCGCCGAGCCCGCUCGGCGCCGCCGGCCUCCAGGUGCGCGGCGGUCUGCCUUCAGACCUUCUUUCUGAGGCGCUGGACGGCAUCGCGGCCCAGCGAGGGUGCGAGGAGGUGGUCGUGCAGCUCGUGAAGGACUUGCGCAGUGCGCCCGGGGUGAAGCUGGACUCGAAGGUCGUGAUGCGCUUGACCUCCAGGUUGGCCCGCUGA